AAUAAGAACUAGCUGAAUGGGAUUUUCUGGCCUUAAAAUUAUCUACUCAAAUCAUUCCAUGCACUCGUAGCAUAGAAAACAACAGAUAACGGUACAACAAAGACAUUUAAAAUAUACAAAAACAAAUCAACUAGACCAGUCCCGCCGUCAAAUGGCCACAUAAAAAUGUUUUCAGUAUUGCGGAAGAGAGCCCAUGCCCAUCAAACAGGUGUGUUUGUGUGUUUGGGUGUGUCUACCAACUACUCUCCAUAACUUCCACUUAAAGAGCGUCUAUAUGAACGAUAAGAAAACUGCUUCAAUGAAAGCUCACAAAUCGUCGAAUUUAAAUCUAUUUAGCCCGCAAAAUUUUGUUCAGUUCUUACUUAAAUGUUCACUUGUUCAGUUCGCUUCGAGUCCUAGACAGUUUUACAAAAUACAUCGAAAUGGGUGUGUUUCUCGCUUUGUUUAUACUCACCGUUACACUGGGUUUUCUCGUCCUCAAGUACCGUCAUGGCUACUGGGCACGCCGUCACGUGCCACACAAUGAGCCUAGCUUCCCGAUGGGCGAUUUCAAAAACUGGCAGAAAACACAAACGUUUGUCGAAGUUUUUUUGCCAGUCUAUAAUAAAUUCAAAGGCAGGGCUCCCUUCGCCGGCAUGUUUUUGAUGUUUCGCCCCAUCGCACUAAUUUUGGACAUUGAUUUAGUGAAAAAUAUCCUUAUCAAAGACUUCAACAACUUUCACGAUCGCGGUGUCUUCCACAACGAGAGGGACGAUCCGCUCACCGGCCACUUAUUCGCUUUGGAUGGGCAAAAGUGGCGCGCACUGCGUCAAAAACUAUCACCGACCUUCACAUCCGGUAAAAUGAAGUUUAUGUAUCCCACCAUCACCAAGGUGGCUGAGGAGUUCGUACGAGUUAUGCAAGAAAAGCAAGCGACGUCUGCUGGUGGCAUCAUAGAAAUGGGCGAUUUAGUAUCCCGCUUCACCUCCGAUGUGAUUGGUACCUGCGCUUUUGGCAUCGAAUGCAAUGGCCUACGCAAUCCGACCGCAGAAUUUGUGGUGAUGGGACAGAAGGCGGUCAGCGAAAGGCGACAUAAUAAAUUCGUAGAUGCUCUGCUCGAGUCAGCGCCUAAGUUGGCGCGUGCACUACGAAUGCGGCAAAUAUCACAUCAAGUGCAUGACUUCUACAUGGGCAUAGUCCGUGAGACUGUCUCCUUCAGGGAGAAGAACCAAGUGACCCGCAGAGAUCUGAUGCAAAUUCUGAUUGAAUUGAAAACGAAAGAUGGCAAGGAUGGCGGUCUCACAAUGGAUCAAAUUGCCGCACAGGCUUUUGUUUUCCUCUUGGCCGGCUUUGAGACCUCGUCCACUACAAUGGGCUUCGCACUGUACGAAUUGGCUAAGCAUGAGGAUAUACAGGAGCGGCUACGCAAAGAAAUUGUGGAAGUGCUUGAGCGGCAUAAUGGCGAAUUCACCUACGAAGCAAUGAUGGAUAUGCAUUAUAUGGAGCAGGUGUUUUCGGAGACCUUAAGGAAAUACCCAGUACUGCCACAUCUGACACGCGAGGCUAACGCGGAUUAUAAAACCGCAGACUCACGCUACACUAUCGAAAAGGGCACUAUGAUAGUUAUAUCCGUAGAUUCCAUACACUAUGACCCCAAAUACUACCCCAAUCCAGAACAGUUCGACCCCGAACGUUUCACGGAGGCGGAAAUCAAGAAGCGGCCCGCAUGCACGUGGCUACCGUUCGGCGAUGGGCCACGCAAUUGUAUCGGCUUGCGUUUUGGCAAAAUGCAAGCAGUAGUUGGACUGACAUAUUUGCUGCGAAAUUUCAGAUUCUCACUUUGUGAACAAACCAAUGUCAGCAAGCACGGCAUGAAGGGUAGAAUCUUGCUGCAUUCGGUUGAUGGAAUUAAAUUGCGUGUGGAGCCUGUGUAGAUAAAUUAAUUUUCGGGUAUAAGCUGAAAUAAAUUUGACUGCUAAUUUUAUUUUAAAAAAAGAUGUGAAUAUGUAUAUGUAUGUAAGUAUAUAAUAUAGUAUAAAUGAGUUAAUAAAACAUAUUGUUUCUAAUUUA